AUGACCAACGCUACAUUUGAAUCAUUGCCUAAUGAAGUUUUGCUGAUUAUAUUUGGUUAUUUAUCUACAUUCGAUCUUUGUGAAGCCUUUCUUAAUGUGAAGAAUGUUCGUAUCGAAAAUCUUAUUACGUCUAUUCGCCAUACUUUAGAUGUUAGUUUAAUGCAUUAUGACAAAUUACACCAAUUUCUAAGCAAAAUUAACGAGUAUACCAAUCGUUCUGUUGCGUUGAUAGAUUCUGUUGUACUUCAUGAUUCCUCUGCUUGCACGAUGCUGUGCAAUCAUCUGGAAACAAGAUUGAAUGAUUCUGAAGAUUCGAACGACUGGUUUCGAUCAAUCAAGAAACUUCAUAUAUUGAAUUCGAAUAGUUACGGAUAUGAUUUGGUUCAGCCAAUAUUAAAGCCUUUGGUUUAUGGUACGCACACAUUAAAGUAUUUGCAUCUCGUAUUCGACCGACCUGCAUAUUCCUACCCUACAAUACUUUCUGAACUCGUUCUUCAUCGUAUUUCAGUAUAUAGUAUGAUAUUAGAAGUUGAACAAGGUCACGAAUUUUAUCCAAACGAGCUCACAAAGGAUUUCCACAAAAUGCAACCCCUAUAUUGGCCGAAUACUGUCAAACUAACGUUAAGUAUUCAACACCCAAGCGAACUUAUGCUUCUCUUGAAACGUGAUGCUCUGCCUGCACUCGAACAUUUGAAUGUUACUAAUGAGGAUAUACAUACUGUUUUACCAUUAAGCCAAUACAAACCUGUAUCAAAUAUCCAAUUUUGUGAACAUGAUUUGCGUCAAACAGCUGAUGGUACUCGGUUGCGAUCUUUAAUAUUACGCUUUAUAACUCUUAGGGAUGCUACUUUGUUACUUGGUUCAUUGAGCAUGCCUUUACUUGAAAAAUUGAUACUUGUUGAUUUGUAUGUUCACACACUAAAUCACAUUGACGAAUUUCAAAAACUUUGUGGCCCAACGCAUGUACCUGCUCUCAAAAAUCUCUACUUCUCAUUUUGUUUUCCUCAAGACAUGGAACAUGUAUUGCGAAAGAGUUCGUUCCAUCGUAAUGGAGAAUGGCCUUUUGACAACAUUGAUUGUUACAUAGAUGAAAGUUUGAUUGCUACUGGUCGUCUGCACGAUUUUGCCACGACGACACUAUUCAUCGUCUACAAACGACCGAUCAGUGUCUUGUUACAACACAGGCGAACUUUACAUAAUCAUCGAUUUGCAACACACGCAUCUGCUCCCAUCUUUACAACGCGAAGACAAUCACUUCUACUGACUUACGAUAAAAUAGACAAGCCCGAUGAGCUGUUUAAAACCUUACAAGUACUUGCAAGGUGUUCAGUUGAUAAACUACAUUUGAAAUAUCGAGGUGACCAGGCAAAUGUGUCGAUGGCAUCAAACUGUGCUCUUAGUGGUAACUUGUUUCUUCGUCAUCUAAGAUCUAUGACUUUUGAUUUCGAGUCAAUGUCAAUCAAAAGAUCAGCGACUGUAGCUAUUGUUAAACAAAUACUUCAUGCGUCACCAAAUCUUUCAGAUCUUGUAAUAGAUUGGAGCGAUUUUUGUCAUUGUUCACAAACAUAUUCAAACUUAAAGCACUUGCAUCUCAUACUAGACCGAAUAUACCCGGAACCAAAGCAGCAUUUUGAUGUUCGUCGAUUAGCUCAAUUAGCACCUCAUUUAUGUUCUCUGGAAACAAGUGGUGCGAAUAUUAUGCUGGAUGAAAAUUUAGUGAAAUUUGUGUUGAAAAUUAUUCGUCAAUUUGAUCAACUAGUGUAUUUAACAUUAAACAAAAACAAUCUUUAUAAAUCGAAAGAAAAUAAAAAAGUUAUAUUUAAAGAAACUUUAAUAGCAGCUGGUCAUAAUCGAGUAUUUGAUUGUAAUAAUAUUCGAAUUCAAUUUUAUACACGUGAUGCGUUAUAUAUUUGGCUUUGA